ACUCUAUUAUUUUAAAUUUUACAAAUUUACGAUACGGUUAUUUUUUCAUUCCCUUUAGAAAUCCAUUGGUUUCGCAUUGUUCGGAAAUUUCGCGGCUACCGUCGAUUGGUGCCACGAUCAACGGAUUUGCAAAGAACAAGGACAUUUUAGUCAAAACCAAUCGUCCGAAAUUACAGCGGAGCUAUACUGGCGGGAACCUGCACGGCCUGAGUGAAAUUAAACAACAUAGUUUCAAACAAUUAACCCUACAGUCUAUUAAAGAAUUGAAUGAGAAUUUUUUAACACAUCACAGAGGAUUAAUCAAUUCCCUACCAGGGAGGUCAAGGUCGGACAGUGUCAACAGUAUUCUUGAAAGGAAUUAUCAAAACGAGUAUGAUGGGCUCGGACCGGAGCUAGGCUUCGCACCACACACCCCGUACUUCUCAAAGUGGAAAAUAUCUGGAUUUAAACAUGAUAAGGUAAUUUUGACGAGCCUAACAACCAUGUCCGAGACACAAGAAGUUACGCCGGAGUUCGUACAGUACAUAAAAGAGAGAGACGCGGCUGUUGAGGAGGCGGAGAAAGCAAAAGCGGAACUGAGAGAGACUCAGUGUAAACUAUACGACUCUAUACUUCUUACUGAAGAAUUGGAAAAGAAAUUAAAAGAUCUAGAGGCUAAUCAAAAAUCAACCAAAACUAAGAAAACAACUACAGCAACUGCAGGAAAAAAGAAAUUAUCGGAUCCAGCUUCUAAAGGCAGACGAAUGUCCGUAAAAAGCGCAGUCAGUACCGGAAGUACAUCAAGACAAACAAGUUUUGUAAGUUCUGCGCGCGCAUCAGAGGGUGGCCUUUAUCAUCCGCCCGUGAAGGAUUUGGAGCCAGUGGCAGAUUCAAGAGAAUAUUAUUGGAAACUUGCGGAGAAGUUUCCAACAUUACCGAUGCACCAGAUUUUGGACGCUGAGAAAAAGUUUAUUAAAGCGGAUACUGAUAAUAGUGGGUUUAUCGAAAUAGCGGAGUUGGACAAAGUUCUGUCUGAUAACGUUGGGUUAUUCACACCAGAUCAGCUGACCACGAUCUUUAAAGAAAUAGAUCUAGACGGUAGCGAUACCUUAGAUUUCCAUGAAGUUCUCUUUGUGAUAAAUAAAUUGUUUUCUCGACGGAAAACCAACUUGCCGCAGUCUGUCCAGCAAAAUUACUCAAAAACGUGUAAUGUCCAGUAAGAUAAAAACAACGGAAAUCUAUUUCGUACAAAUAAUUUAGCUGACCCGACGUUAGUGAUAUAAAAUGUAGUGACUAUGUGGAACAUUGUGUGACUGAUAUAGAAUUGACAGAUGUUAAUUAGUUGCAAACAUUUUUGCGUUUACAUAAAUUCUAUUUUUUAUUCAUUAUGUUGGCUUUUCUCUUAAAGAAGAAGCCAAGUAAAAAAAGCAAAAAAAAAAAAAUAACUGCAGGCUCGAUGUUUGUUGAUGUAG